GAAACAAGUUCAUGGGUCUGCUGCUAUCUCCACCCAAAAGGAAAUUUCAAGCGCAGAAGCUGUCGAGAUUGAUGAGCCGAAGAUUACAUCGAAACUCGCAAUUUUCCCCAAUUGUGGCAUCUUUCCAGGAUAAGAUUAGUUUUCCAGUUUGCACACUUUUCAAUUCUUCUCCUUCCUGACAAGUCUUUUGUUCGUCUUCUAUCUGUAUUCGUUACGGCUAGUUUUCUAAGCUGAAAAGCUUUCGUUUUGAUCAUAAUCACUCUCGAACUCUACAAAAUCAAUAACACUCUAAAACCCAUUACUAUGCAUCCCGCUACUGCAGAAGCUAAUCAAAGAAUUGCAAGAAUCGCAGCUCACCUCAAUCCUUACAAUUUCCAGAUGGAGGAGUGUGGUCUGAACCUGGCCAAUUGCCGGGCGAAAGGAGGGGCCGCUGGGUUCAAGGUAGCUGUAUUGGGAGCUGCAGGAGGAAUAGGGCAGCCUUUGGCUAUGUUGAUGAAGAUGAAUCCGUUGGUUUCCGUUCUUCAUUUGUAUGAUGUGGUCAAUACUCCUGGUGUUACUGCUGAUAUUAGCCAUAUGGACACUGGUGCAGUGGUACGUGGUUUCUUGGGCCAGCAGCAACUGGAGGAUGCACUUACAGGGAUGGAUCUUGUGAUCAUUCCUGCUGGUGUUCCUAGAAAACCAGGAAUGACAAGAGAUGAUCUGUUCAACAUAAAUGCCGGAAUAGUGAAGACCCUUUGUGAAGGAAUUGCUAAGUGCUGCCCCCAAGCAAUUGUCAACAUUAUUAGUAAUCCAGUUAACUCCACAGUUCCAAUUGCAGCAGAAGUUUUCAAGAAAGCUGGCACCUUUGACCCAAAGCGAGUUUUAGGAGUCACAAUGCUUGAUGUUGUCAGAGCUAAUACUUUUGUGGCAGAAGUUUUGGGCCUUGAUCCUAGAGAAGUUGAUGUUCCGGUUGUUGGGGGUCAUGCAGGGGUUACUAUUUUACCUAUUCUAUCACAGGUUAAACCUCCAUGCUCAUUCACGCAAAAAGAAAUUGACUACUUGACAGAUCGGAUUCAAAAUGGAGGAACAGAAGUUGUAGAGGCAAAAGCUGGGUCAGGUUCUGCAACACUGUCUAUGGCAUAUGCAGCUGUUAAAUUUGCAGAUGCAUGCCUUCGGGGUUUGAGGGGAGAUGCUAAUGUUGUCCAAUGUGCAUAUGUGGCUUCUGCAGUAACCGAACUUCCUUUCUUUGCAACCAAAGUUCGUCUUGGGCGUGCUGGGGUUGAAGAAAUUUAUGCACUUGGCCCUCUCAAUGGGUAUGAAAGGGCUGGCUUAGAGAAAGCAAAGAAAGAGCUGGCAGCAAGCAUUCAGAAGGGGGUUUCUUUUAUCAAGAAAUGAUGAGUUUCUGCCAACAAGAUUUUAAUGGGAAUUUUCUGCCCUGAAUAGAUUAUUUAUUGUACUUCAAUAGGUUCUGGUUUUCCUGAAAUAAAAGUGCUAGUGUCUUGUUUUA